AUGUCCUCAAAUCUUUCACUCAGUGUACUCAUCAUUGGUGCUGGACCAUCCGGAAACACAGCAGCGGCAGCGUUGGCAUCGGAUGGUCAUAUCGUCACCGUCCUCGAACGGCAUCCUCAACUUCAGACACGGGGAGGUAAUAUCAUCGUACAGCCUUCUGCAGUUCAAUGCCUGAGCCUGAUCGGCAUUUCGGAGUCAUUGGACCGAGUAUCGGUGGAUUCGACAAAUCAUUGCUUGUGGAGAUGGAAAGAUGACAAGCCAUUCACAGAAACAACAGCAAUUCCAGACGGAACGACUCGGAAGCUCACGGAUAGACCGUCGUUGCAGCGGGUCACUUUCGAAGCUGCUGUUGACGCAGGAGCGAAGUAUAUGUUUGGAAAGCCUGUCAUCCUUCUCGACGAGCACGAGAGUGGCUGCAUUUUGGUGAAAGUUGCGGAUGGCGAUGAAUACCUGGCCGAUCUGGUCAUCGGUGCCGAUGGAAUCAAGUCAAGAGUCCGCGAGCUGAUGUUCCCUGGACAAGACAUGAGACCGGUGACGACACCUGAAUGCAUCUUUCAGACGGAGGUCGACAUCGACAUCGUCCAGCAAGACCCAGUCGCCGCCCCGCUUGGCGUCCUUUCACACCACCUCAUGUUCGGCCCUGGGCGUUACUGCGUCGGCCGGCCAACCGCUCACGGCAAAAUGCGUUUACUCCUUUGCAACAUGGAAUACGGCGAUCCCUCCACGGAUGAAGAUCUCGGCGCAACCUGGAACUCUGAUGGGGACCCUGCCGAGCUCCGCGUUGCAUUCAAGGGUUUCGGUGCGCCGCUGCGUGCCUACAUUGAGUGCGUGGUGCGUGGCGGCCGCCCAAUCGACAAGUGGCAUGUCGCCACCGCACCGAAGAUGAAAACCUGGCUUGGAUUUAGCGGACGCUGCGUUCUUAUUGGUGAUGCUGCCCAUGCCAUGUUGCCACAUACUGCCCAAGGAGUGAGCCAGGGUAUUGAAGAUGGCCUGGCCAUCAGCACAGCUCUGCGAUGGGCCAUGCAAAGGGAGGACCUGCCUUCCAUUCUACAGAAGUGGGAGUCCCUACGAAAGCCGCGCGCCGAGAAGAUGUUUGACGUCGGCCAUAAGAACAUCAGCAUGUUCACCCUCCCCGACGGGCCGGAACAAGAAGCCAGGGAUCAGAGACUCGCGACGACGGGUCUCACCGGGAAGCCAACAGACUGGAAAUCUGUUGAAAUGGAUGAGAACGCUCCUAGGAUGUCACCAGAGUAUACAAAAUGGGCCAUGUGUUAUGACGUGGUUGUAGAGGUGAGCCGUAUUCUUGAAAUUCAACCUUGGCGGACGUCUGACAAUGACCUUUCUGUUAGACCAACAGAGCCUUCUCCACGGGGCAGUCUUAUUGAAAAAAGAACUUCAUUAAUCAAUAUCUUCAGAGUAAAAUUAAAGUUAAAGCUGUCUUGA